AUGCCAGCCAUUGCUUUUGGUCUGGGCUCGAAGGCAAAGUCUGGCCAGGCAAAACCUGCUAUUGCUGGGCAGAAGCGAAAACAGAACCUGUUCGGUGACGAUGGUGAGGACGACGAUACACACCAUGUUUCUGCCACCGAGAACGUGAGCGUACUUGAUGAUAAAGAUUACGAUACCCCUCAGCCGCGGAAGUCGCCAAAACUCAGCAAUGGCGCUAGCACGGGUCAGAAACCCUCUCAGCAGUAUACAAAUCUAUCCGCCCUUCAUACCGCGAAAAAGCAUACCGAGCAAGCCACUACGGUGGAUACGACUAUCUAUGACUAUGACGCUGUCUAUGAUAGUCUCCAUGCGCCCAAGAACAAAGCUUCAGAAGACAUCAAGGACGGCGUGCCAAGAUACAUGACGAAUCUUUUCAAGUCUGCCGAGGUGCGCAAGCGAGAUCAGUUGCGAGCAAAGGAGCGGCUACUUCAAAAGGAACGAGAAGCAGAAGGCGAUGAAUUUGCCGACAAGGAGAAGUUUGUUACUGGUGCAUACAAGGCUCAGCAAGAAGAAAUAAGGAGGCUGGAAGAAGAAGAGGCUGCCAGGGAGGCCGCAGAAGAGGAGAAGCGGAGAAAGGGAGGAGGUAUGACUGGCUUCUACAAGGAUUUGUUGAAGAAGGACGAACAGAGAACCAUGGAGAUCUCCAAGGCAGUGGAAGCGGCUGCGACGAGACCCAAGACUGAAGCUGAUAUCGAGGAGGCGUCCGGGGAGAAACCGAUGGAAAAGUCUGCAGAGCAAAUGGCAGCAGAGCUCAAUGCCCGCGGCGCUAAGGUAGCAGUCAACGAUGACGGAGAAGUAGUCGACAAGCGGCAGCUGCUCUCUGCGGGGCUGAAUGUUGCGCCAAAACCAAAAACCGGAGCUUCACAGGGCAAGGUUGGAACCCAAGUUUCAAAGGCCGCGGAAUACUCAAGAUCGUCUGCUGCACUAUCAGCCCGAGGUGCACAAAGAGAGCGCCAGACAAGGAUGAUGGCAGAGCAACUAGAAAAAAUGGCGGAACAGCAGGCUCAAGCCGAAGCCGAAGAGCGGAAGGCACUCGAAGAAAAGGCAAAGAGUACAAAGACUGGCACAGAUAUCCUGAGUGCAAAAGAGCGUUAUCUGGCCAGGAAGCGAGCACAAGAAACGGAGAAGGCAAACAAGUCUGGACCCUGA